AGAGGCGGAGGCGCCCCGGGAGCCCGGCGCGCUCCCGGGACCUCUGGGGCGCUCGCCGUGUGCGCGCAGCGGCCGGGGGGUGCGCGUCCUCCCCGGCCCUGGGGCCUCCGGUGGCGGAGGGCAGGCGGAGGGCAGGGCGGUCCCGCGGGCUCCGGAGGGGUGAGAGUUCAGACUUGCGUUCACUUCUUUUGGGGGAGGCCAUCAGGCGGAACCGAGCAGCGGUGAAUCAGCAGCUCAAGUUUCCUGAAGCUUUGGUGAUGGGGAAGGGUGCCCAGAGCCACGUGCCGAGUUAGAAAUCUGGUUUCAGCAUCUUUCCAAGUCCGAGCAGUCGGUUUCCUGCCUUCCUCACCAGUGAGCAGAGUUGUGUCGGUGGAGUUGGGCAGGCAGACGCCUGGUUGUGUGUCGUUUCCCUGGUCUGUAGUUACUACAGUUUCUUAGUUUAUCAUUUGACAACGUAGUGGUAAACCUUUUCUUCCUUGCUGUAUUAUCAGAUUAUUCUGAGACCGGAUCAAGUCCUGUAGACAACAGAGAUUGUUAAGAGUGACCAAGAUUUGUUAAAUGUCCUCAGUUUAUGGCAUAGCAGAAUUAGUGAUGAUCUGGAAACUGUGAAGAACGUUUACACUUCUAAUCGUUUAAUCUUGUUGGAUAUAGUGAAUUCCUAAGAAGAAAAUAAUGGAUUGCGUGUUCAUUGUUCUCUAAGGGUUUGGACUGUGCAGUGUGCAGCUGUGUUGCAGAGGCCAGAAGAAGAUGGCGACUCCUUUUGUGCCCGUUCCUAUGCCCAUAGGGAAUGCUGCUUCCAGUUUUACAACCAACAGAAACCAAAGAAGUUCUUCUUUUGGCAGUGUCUCAACAAGCUCAAACUCUUCCAAAGGCCAUUUAGAAGACUCAAAUAUGGGUAAUUCUAGACAGACAAGUGUACCUGAUCAAAUGGAUAGUACCUCAUCUAUCUGUAGCAGUCCCCUCAUUAGGACUAAAUUUACAGGUGCAGAUUCUUCCAUUGAGUAUACUGCUAGACCAAGAGAAAGUGAAGAACAGAAUCCUGAGACAGGAAAUUUGGAAGAUAGGCCUUCUACACCUACCAUCCUGGGUUAUGAGGUGAUGGAAGAAAGAGCUAAAUUUACUGUAUAUAAAAUACUAGUGAAGAAAGCCCCAGAAGAAAGCUGGAUAGUUUUCAGGAGAUACACUGACUUCUCUAGGCUUAAUGAUAAAUUAAAAGAGAUGUUUCCAGGCUUUCGAUUAGCACUUCCACCAAAACGCUGGUUCAAAGAUAAUUACAAUGCCGACUUUUUAGAAGAUAGACAAUUAGGAUUACAAGGUUUUCUUCAAAAUUUAGUAGCUCACAAGGACAUUGCCAACUGCCUUGCAGUAAGAGAAUUUCUUUGUCUGGAUGAUCCACCAGGUCCAUUUGAUAGCCUAGAAGAAAGCAGGGCUUUCUGUGAAACUUUAGAAGAGACAAACUACCGUUUUCAAAAAGAACUACUUGAAAAACAAAAAGAGGUGGAAUCACUAAAGAAACUGCUCAGUGAGCAGCAGCGUCAUAUAGACGCUCUGGAGAACAGAAUCCGAACACUGUCUUUAGAACCUGAAGAAUCACUGCACGUGUCAGCAAUAGAAGGUGGACAGAUCCUAAAGGUGGAGUCCCCUGCGCUUGAGGUUGAUCAGGAUGUCCUGGAUGAAGAGUCUGGAGCUGAUGAUAAGCCAAGCUUAAAUUUUGGUGAACCUGGGAAUUCUCUAUCUGAGAUAGAAGUAGCAGAAGUGGCAUAUAGUGCUGAAGAAGACUAAUACACCACAAGCAGUUCCUUCCAUUUUUACAUUUCAGCAAAUGUAGAACAGAAUGGCAAAUAUUUGAAAAGAAAAAAAGACUGAAGCAUUUACAGAAAACAAGAAUGCACAUGUAUCAAGUUUACAUAAAGAAAAGGUUUUUUUAAGUUAUUGGGAUAGGAAGUAUAUUCACUGCUGCUUUAAAGUGUCUUUUAUCCAACCUUCGUAUUCAAUACACUAAAAAAAAAUCUAGAUAGAGUUCUGUUAUCAAGGCCCACAUUCUUAAAUACUGUGCAUAAAUUAUUUUGGUGUUCUAACAAUGUAUUGCUCCAAACUAACCUGUGUGCAUGCAUACACCUGUGUGUGUGUUUAAAUCACCAGUUAUAUUAGUCAAAUGGAAAUUAAUUGCAUGUUGCUGCCUGGUUGACAUAUACUUCUUCAUAUCUCUGACAUGAUAUAUUUUCAUUAAUGGUUAAAAUCAGUGGUAAAGCUGAAUUGAGUUUUAAAUAUUGACAUAUUUACCAUCUCUAAAUAAAAAUUGCUUAUUUGGAAUGUUACUGUUAUUUAAAAGAGGAUAACUUUCUAGUACCAAAGGAAAACUAUCUGCAAGACCUGUAAUAACACAGCUAAAGUGAUAAAAUAGCCUGGAUUUUAAAAGCUAAUUCAGUAAUAUCAAAAUAGUCUGUGUCCCAGUUUAUUAUAAUAUGUUAUACUUGUUUAUUUUCCAGGUAGUCUUUAUCUUAAAUCUCUACCUGUAGAAUUAGUGAGUUUGCCUCUCAGGACACUACCUCUUUUUGCUAAUCAAGGCAUGCUCUUUCGAAAAUAUAUUAUAGAUUCUAAGCAAAUAGAGAGUUAUACAAAAAAAAAAAAAAGCCAUAUAUACUACAAAGUUCCUAACUAUAUUGACUCCUGGCAUUGCAUUUUUAUUUCUAUAUAUGUGAAUAUGUUGCUAUAAUAUAUUAUGGCUGAUUUUCUUUUAAAUUUAUAUUUAGCCAAGUGAUGCACUUUAUGAUAAUUAAACUGUUGUGCCAAGUUUAAUUGGUAAAUUUCUUUAGCAAGUGGAGUUAGGGUAAAGAAUUGUGUAGUGCCUUUACUAUUUCACUUUUUACAAAAGUCUCCUAGGGUCUGUGAGUCAGCUUUAUGAAAAAAUGUUUAUUUCAGCUUUGCAUUUAGUUGUUGAAAGUGCUUUGUUUCAUUUUUAUACUAUGAAGUUACUCAUUUAUUUUGUUUCUGCUGUUUUGCAUAUUGUUAAUAAGCAUUGUAAUCAUGCUAGCAUUUUGAACUGCGUAUGCUUUCUAAACACUGAGGGAAACUUACUGGGGAAAUAGAAUAACAAUCUCCUAUUUUUUUUUCUUCACUGUCUCAAAGUUUAUUGUUCUCUUGAUGUAUGUAUUAAGAUGUGGUUGUAUAAAAUUCUGCUGAUGUCGAGUAACAGAUCCGAUAGUCAUUGUUAACCUUUGAUCUAAAAAGGAGACUGCUUUUUACCAAAGUACGAAAAAUUUUAAAAGUCUUCUUCAGAAUGUACAGGUAUGCUCUGUCUUGGAACCUUUGCCCCAAAGUGUAUUAGAAAUGUGUUUACUAUCCUGGGAGUCAAAGAAUACAAUAAAUUUGUGUACUUGUUCAUUUCAAAAUAUUAUCCUGGGCUUAAAAAAGGUUCAAAAAGAACAAUCAUUUAAAUUAAUGAGUAUCAUUUUUUAGUCUAAUUAAACAAGAUGAUCUUUGCUAAAUUCCAGAUAUUAUAUGUGCUACAUGUGUAUUUUAAAGUGAACCACACACUUUUUGUGUGUGUGUGUGUGUGUGUGAGGAAGAUCGGCCCUGAGCUAACAUCUGGCAGUCCUCCUCUUUUUUUUUUUUUUUGCUGAGGAAGACUGGCCCUGGGCUGACAUCCAUGCCCAUCUUCUUCCACUUUAUAUGGGACGCCGCCACAGCAUAGCCUGACAAGUGGUGCGUUGGUGCACUCCGGGGACCCGAACUGGUGAACCCCGGGCCACCGCAGCGGAGCGUGCACACUUAAGCGCUUGCGCCGCCGGGCAGGCCCCCAACCAUACACUUUUAAAAUCUGGCCUUUCAGAAGAUUGUAUUAAAAGUUUUUGGAUGAGUGAAGAAAAACUCUUGUUAAUUAGGUAAACCACUAUUAUUUAUAUUUAGAAUUUCCUUUUUUUACUUUUAUAAUGCAUUUUAUUCCCAGUAUUAUAUUCAUUUAAUAAAUUAUUUUUUCAGUACAACA